CUUUAUUUUGGCCCUGUUUCUUCUUUUGGCCCAAUCACAACAGCCCAGUAACUCCCUCUUCUAGUCCUCUGCUGCGCGACUUCACCUUGCCAUUGCAGAUGCUUGAACCCUAAAAUUCACAUACGAAUGUUCUUCGCUUGUUGCGCUGGGAUUUGACUCGGUUCUGUGCUAUUUAUUUGUUCUAUUCUUUGCUGUCGCUUGUUCUACUCUCUGCUGGAGCUAUUCUGUGUUCUCUUUCAUCGGUUCUAGAGGUGUUCCUGUUAGUUUGUUGUUCUAGUCUGCUGGUCGACUCAGUACAGAUAACAUCGCAAGCAAUGGGUUUGAACUCUUGCUUGGGCGGGACGACAAUGCAAACUCUGAGACUUGUGACAAUUCCAGCAUCGUCUUCUCCUUCUCGCUUUGCUUUCAGACACCUCAAUUUCCUUUCCCUCCACAAUAGCUCACGGAGACCUCCUCUCACCCUCCUCGUCCGGGCGCUCUCGGCUUCCGCUGUACAAGCGGCUUCUGCCACAGAAACUGCCGAUGGUAAAGUGGUGAAGCCGCAAUGGAAAGCGGCUAUUGAUUUCAAGUGGAUCAGGGAUAAUAAAGAUGCUGUUGCGGUGAAUAUCAAGAACAGGAACUCUAAUGCCGAUUUAGAGCUUGUGCUUCGGCUUUACGAUAAGUUGUCUAAUCUUCAGAAGGAAGUUGAACAGCUCCGUGGUGAAAGGAAUGUGGUCGCAAACAAGAUGAAAGGAAAAAUAGAACCCUUGGAGCGUCAGAAACUGAUAGAUGAAGGAAAAAACCUGAAAGAAGGACUUAUGACUCUGGAGGAAGACCUGCUUAAACUUACAGAUGAACUUCAGCAGGAAGCACAAAGUAUACCAAAUAUGACCCAUCCUGAUGUUCCAAUAGGAGGGGAGGAUUGUUCGACAGUGAGAAAAAUGGUUGGUAGUCCUCGUGAAUUCAGCUUCCCUGUCAAGGAUCAUGUUCAACUUGGGAAGGAACUAGAUAUCCUAGAUUUUGACUCGGCUGCAGAGGUAAGUGGGUCAAAAUUUUACUACCUGAAGAAUGAAGCAGUUAUGCUGGAGCUGGGUCUCAUCAACUGGACACUCUUCGAAGUCAUGAAAAGAGGCUUUAUGCCUCUAACAACACCAGAAAUUGUGCGAUCCUCUAUUGUCGAAAAAUGUGGGUUCCAACCUCGUGGAACAAAUACCCAGGUUUAUUCUAUUGAGGGUACAGACCAAUGCCUUAUUGGCACAGCAGAAAUCCCUGUGGGAGGAAUACAUAUGGACUCUAUUCUCACUGAGUCAUUAUUGCCUCUGAAGUAUGUGGCAUUAUCUCACUGCUUUCGCACUGAGGCUGGUGCUGCUGGCACUGCGACAAGGGGUCUCUAUCGAGUUCACCAGUUCAGCAAGGUGGAGAUGUUUAUUUUGUGCCGCCCAGAGGAGAGUGAUUUGUACCAUGAGGAGCUCAUACAAAUUGAAGAGGACAUCUUCUCAGCUCUAGGUUUACAUUACAAAACACUGGACAUGGCUUCUGUGGAUUUAGGGGCACCUGCAUAUCGCAAAUUUGAUGUGGAAGCAUGGAUGCCAGGUUUAGGACGCUAUGGUGAGAUAUCUAGUGCAUCCAAUUGUACGGACUAUCAAAGUCGUCGACUAGGAAUUCGUUAUCGUCCAUCAGAACCAUCAUCAUCGCAGCCUAAGAAGGUUAAGGGAAAUCUUCCUCCAACAAAGUUUGUGCAUACUCUAAAUGCCACAGCCUGCGCGGUUCCUCGGAUGAUUGUAUCCUUGCUUGAGAAUUAUCAGCAGGAAGAUGGUUCAGUUAUUAUCCCCGAGCCGUUGAGGCCCUUUGUGGGUGGGCUUGAGGUUAUAGCUCCUAAAUCCAGAUAGGAAAUUUUGACCAUGGGACUUAUUCUGUCAAGCCAACUAAAUUUGUUCAUAAAACCCUGCCUUGAUAAUCCAGUAACCCACAAAAUCUGGAAAGGAGGGAAAAAUCAGGACAGUAACAUUUUGUUUGCUCGGGUGUGAGCUUAUGAAGCGGCUUUGUGUUCUUCGGGCUCAAGCAAAGAUAAAAUUGAUUGCUACUUAUUUAUGCAUUUCUUCCUUUAAUCUUGAUUAAAUUUUUGUGUUAUUGAUUAUAAUCUUGUAAAUGUUGCCGUUGUUAUUGAAACUGGCAGAUAGUCGACUUUUGAUUUUAUCAGAAAUUUGUGUUUCUGCAAGUUCCUGCAUUUGUUAUA